AGGAAGAAAUGAGGCCAAGAGGUGAAAAUGAGUCCUACCCAAGCAAUAUUAAAAGUAAGGUUUGUAAGUUUCGGAUCAACUGCUCAAACAUCAAAUUUGGAUCAAAUGAAGAAAUUAUGGCAUUUCCAAAAUCCACUACGUGAGCGUUGAAGGUUGUAAGCAGCAAAACAGCAACAGAAAAAAAGCGAACCCGCGACCUACUGCACGCAAGCAGAAGCACUCGCCAACUGAGACAGCUCCGUUCAUGUGCUACAAUUCAGCGGUUAAACAAUCUAACAUCUAGUUCCCAGCUCCAACUUCAGAAAUUGAACUUUAAAAGAAGCAAUAUACAAAAGAGAACAUAAGGCAACGAGGCAUGGGGAAGUAGCAGUACAGUAGCAUUUUUUACUUCUUCAUUCCCUUUAUCCCUCUUUACUCUUAUAAACCCUAAUUUAAUUUCUUUAUUUUUCUUGUCUUUAUUUUAAUUUUCUUAACCACACUUUAUUUUAUUGUUUAAUUUAGUUAAUUACAUUUAUUUCUUAGCUUUUUUUGGGUAAUUAUAUCAAGUUUCCAAGCCAUACUCAUGGAGGUUGAGAAUUGAUUUUUGUGGGUUUUUAUAUUUUUAUUCCCCAAUCAUCUUAUCUUUUGUAGUUCGAAGGCUUCUUUCCUCUAAAACCCUAGAAAGUUCUUCUGGCGAUACUCCGAUGGCCGGACACCGCCCAAUUAGGGCAUUAAACGUCGCGGAGAAACCGUCAGUAGCGAAAGCCGUCACCGGGAUUCUAUCGAGAAAUAAUGCGAGAAUGAGAGAAGGAAGAUCAAGGUAUAACAAAAUCUUCGAAUUUGAGUAUACAAUUCGAGGUCAACCUAUUCAUAUGAUUUUUACUUCGGUUACGGGUCAUCUUAUGGAGCUUGAAUUUGACGAGCGGUUUAAAAAAUGGUACUCUUGUGAUCCUGCUGACCUUUAUCAAGCUCCAGUCCGGAAAAGUGUUCCUCAGGACAAGUUGGACAUAAAAAGAACACUUCAGCAGGAAGUCAGGAGCUGCCAGUGGCUCAUAUUAUGGCUUGACUGUGAUAGGGAAGGAGAAAAUAUAGCAUAUGAGGUAAUUGAAGUCUGCACAGAAGUAAACCGUAAUUUGAAUAUGUGGAGGGCUCGCUUUUCUGCUUUGAUAGACAGGGAUAUUCAUGAGGCAGUACAGAACCUCGAUCGUCCCAAUCAAUCAUUUGCUGACGCUGUAGACGCGAGGCAGGAGAUAGAUCUACGAAUUGGUGCGUCUUUCACUAGGUUCCAGACUAUGUUUCUUAAAGAUGCUUUUAACUUUGAUUUUGCUACUGAUGACAGAAGCCUUGUUUUGAGUUAUGGUCCAUGUCAGUUUCCAACACUUGGCUUUGUUGUGGAAAGGUAUUGGGAAAUACAAGCACAUGAGCCGGAGGAGUUUUGGACAAUUAAUUGUUCACACAAUUCGGAGGAAGGAAUUGCUAAUUUCAGUUGGAUGCGUGGGCAUUUGUUCGACUAUACUUGUGCAGUCUCCAUUUAUGAGAUGUGUGUUGAGGAAUCAAUUGCUACUGUUAUUCUGGUUAAACAGCAGGAGAAGUAUAAGUAUCCUCCUUAUCCAUUAAGUACGAUUGAGCUUGAAAAACGUGCAUCGAGAUACUUCAGGAUGAGUUCCGAACAGACAAUGAAGGUGGCAGAAGAGUUAUACCAAUCUGGUUUCAUUAGUUAUCCUCGAACUGAGACUGACAGUUUCUCGGCUAGGACUGAUCUGCAUGCAAUUGUGCAAGAACAACAUGCACAUCCGGUGUGGGGCUCCUAUGCGCUGCGGUUGUUGGACCCUGAAGCAGGUCUCUGGAGAAAUCCAGGCAGUGGGGGUCAUGACGACAAAGCUCAUCCACCUAUUCACCCAACAAAGUUUUCUGCUGGGGAGUCUGGAUGGAGCCAGGACCACCAUAAAGUAUAUGAGCUUGUUGUUCGUCAUUUUCUAGCCUGUGUUUCCCAGCCAGCUGUAAGUGCUGAAACUACUGUGGAGGUUGAUAUUGCUGGUGAAUUGUUUUCUGCAUCUGGAAGAGUGAUACUUGCCAAAAAUUAUUUGGAUGUUUACCGUUUUGAAAGUUGGGGAGGUUCUGUGAUCCCUACUUAUAUCCUUGGACAACAGUUUACUCCAACUAUAUUGACUCUAGACUCCGGUGUGACCCGGCCACCACCACUGUUAAGUGAAGCUGAUUUGCUGAGUUGUAUGGACAAAGCAGGAAUUGGUACUGAUGCAACCAUGCAUGAUCACAUCAAGAAGCUUUUAGAUCGUUUCUAUGCUACAAAAGAUGCAAAUACUCGUUUUUCACCGACUAGUCUUGGAGAAGCAUUGGUUAUGGGAUAUGAUGACAUGGGUUAUGAGCUUUGGAAACCUUAUCUGAGAUCCAAAAUGGAGGAUGAUAUGAAGGCUGUCAGUUUAGGCACCAAGAGGAAAGCUGAAAUUCUGGCUUCUUGUUUACAGGAGAUGAAAGCUUGUUUCUUAGAUGCUAAGCUUAACAAAGUUAAACUCUCUGAGGCCAUGGAAAUAUUUUUUGACAGAACUAAUAGGCCUGGUGUAGAGGAUCAAAACACAACAAUCGGUGUUGUUCGCCGCUGUGGACAUUGUCGAGAGGCUGAUAUGGUGCUGAAACGCAAAGCGGAUGGAAAAUUUAUGGUUGGUUGCUUGGGCUAUCCUCAGUGUAGAAAUGUGGUUUGGCUCCCUGGAUCUAUAUCAGAAGCAGUUGUGACCUCAAAUACAUGCAACUCGUGCACUCCAGGUCCAAUUUUCUUGAUUCAGUUUAUGUUUCGGCAGUUGGAAAUUCCUCCAAAUUACAGUGUGAAUCACUUAGGCUGCAUUGGUGGAUGUGAUGAAACACUUAGACAGCUAACAGAGAUAUGUGGAACUGGUCCUCGCAAUUCUUCUGGAACAUCUGUGAGAGGACGAACUCCAACAACCUUUCCUCGUAGCAAUACAGCAAGUAAUGUUCAGCAUGGUGUCUGCUCACACUGUAGGCAGACAGGACAUAAUGCAAAUGAUUGCCCUUCCCAGGUCUCAACAUCUGGACUUGCUAGAUCUAGAGCAACAAAUAACACAAAUGGGCGACCAGCAAUAACAUGUACUUCGUGUGGAGAACCUGGUGUAUUACGAACAGCAAAUACCGCAAACAAUAGGGGCAGAAAGUUCUAUACUUGUCUAUCUCAGGAGUGCAGCUUCUUUGUAUGGGAGGAUACGAUAGAAGAUGGAGCUGGAGGACAGAACCCUUCACAUGCCAAUCCAAGAGGCUCAAACGAUACUUCCAGAGGACGGGGUGGGCGAAACAGGGGCCGUCGUGGCAGGGGCCAUGGAGGCCGUGGAAGUGGUGGAAAUCGUGGAGAUGAUACAAUAUUUGUUUCAGCAACAGGUGAACCUGUAUCUAGUAGAAGAUGCUUUGCGUGUGGUGAUCCGUCGCACUUUGCAAAUGCUUGUCCGAAUCGUGGCAUGUAGAUUGUGUUGUAUGAUUGUUGUAUCCAUUCCAUCCAAAUUUUAUUCAGUGCAGUCAAACUAAACUUGUAAUUUUUUCAAAAAUCUGGGUAUCAAAUAUAGGCAAGCAUUAUAUCAACCAUUUUUUGUACGGACACUCCAAAUCCCUUUCCUUACUGUAUUGGUCUCUUUUCAAUUAUGAUUUAUGCUUACCACAACAAAGUUUCUCAUAGUGAAACUUAUAUCCUUUUCAAUGUGCAUUAAUAUUCAUUUUGGAUCA